CUGCCUUGUAAACACACUCCGCCACUGCUACCAACCAACGCUUCAAUAUAUUUUUUCUGCUAUAUAUAAUGUAUAUCACUGUAUCAAGCAUUGUUUACAUAAAUAUUAGCCACACAAUAUUUUUCAUUAUAGAAAUGUACCUAAAAUGCAUGAAUUUUUCGGUUUUCAACGUUUGUUUGAUUUGCAGUAGUAUCAACAAUGUAAGGAAGGAAGGAUAGCCUUGAGGGGGAGGAGAAGAGAGCGAAUGCUAAUACCACAAACGGAAGCACACUCUCUAGAGACGCUACGACGAAAGAGGCAGGAAGUUGACUGAUAAUCCCGCCGUAAGAAGCGAUACACAGCGUAGGUCAAAAGAAGGCGGCUCCAGGUACAGCAGCUGCUCCUCGCAUUGUCACAGCCAUUUCUUCCUAGGGAAUGAAACCAUGUUUGGCGACCAGAUGUUCCAAUGGUUACAGUGGCAAUGGAAAGAAAUGGAUGCCCAACAAGAGGUCCUAGAAAGGAAGUACAUGCGACGGAGCCGGCGAGUUGUUCCAGACCGCAUGAACCCGUUUGUUGCCAUGAGUGAUGAUGAGUUUGUUAACCGAUUCCGGUUAAAGAAAGAAUCAGUGAACUCAAUCAUUCAAGAAAUUCAACAUGGUCUUCCUGUUGCCAAUGACAGAAGAGGUAACCCUGUGCCACCACAUCUGCAGGUCCUGAUUACUCUAGCCUGCAUGGCAAGUGGAAGCCAUCAAGCAGUGAUUGGAGACUGUUAUGAUGUUUCCCAAGCCAGAGUGAGUCAGUGUUUGUCUAGAGUUGCUAGAGCCAUUGCAUUUCUUAGCAACAGAUAUAUACAGUAUCCAGCUAGAAAUAUGCUGUUUAAAGUAAUGAAUGAUUUUCAGGCAAUUGCUGGAAUGCCUGAUGUUGUUGGCUGUAUAGACUGCACCCAUAUUAAAAUUCUAAGGCCAUCGCGUGAUGAUUCUGAGCUGUUCCAAUGUAGGGAAGGUUUUUUCUCUUUAAAUAUUCAAGCCAUUUGUGGUCCUGAUCUUGUUUUUUAUAAUAUAGUGUCAAGGUGGCCUGGCAGUGUCCAUGACAGUAAGAUUUUUGAAAACAGUAGAAUUUACAAUGAGUUACAAGAUGGCCUAUUGCAUGGUCAUCUCUUGGGUGACAGUGGCUACCACUGUAGUAAGUACCUCCUAACUCCACUAAUGAACCCUAAUGGGCCCCAUGAAGAAGCCUACAACAGAAGCCACAUCAAAACUAGAAAUACAAUUGAGAGGGCAUUUGGGGUGCUUAAGCGUCGCUUUUGCUACCUUGGCACAACCAUGAGAACGAACUUGGACACUACCAAAGCCAUCAUCGUUGCUUCAGCAGUCCUUCACAAUAUUGCAAUUCACACUAAGCUUGAUAUGGAAGAGGAAGUUAGGGAUGUGCAUGCAGACAUGCAACAUGAAAAUAUUAAUGUUCCUGAUAAUGACCCUGCUAUGCAAAAUAAUAAUGCAGCUCUGCAGGGUCGUCUUAAACGUGAGCAAAUUAUCAGGGACUAUUUUUAAGAACUUUGCGUGGCAGGCUACCUAGAACUGGCUUCCUCUCACUACCUUCAACCCUUUUAUAGCUCUCAUUAUAUUAGGUGUGUAUAUGCCUGUUUUCAUUUGUAUGUGGGUUCAUAGCUGACUGUAAAUAGGUAUCAUCAUCAUCAUCAUCAUCAUUUUGUUUAACGUCCGUUUUCGUUCUUCCUGAGCAGUUGGACGCUUUAUGGCUCUCCUCCAUUCUAACUGUAAAUAGGUAUCUAUUGCCUAACUUGUACAGGUGAUGGUAAUAAAGAAAAUAACUGGU